AUGGUGGUCUACCCGUGGUCUAUAGAUGAAAGCUGGACGAGUAUUGCAACGUGGAAAGAGUUACUCGACAAAAACAAGCAUUCAAUCCUCUACGACAGGCUGAGACGCGCUCCGUAUCCUAACGGUGUUACCGGCAAUGACGAAUGGAAAGCCAUAGCACGCAUCCUCUCAGAUCUCAAUGAUCUUCAAAUGUUCACGAUGAGAGCUGAACCGUUUAUGAACUCCUUGGAUUUUCUCUGGGUAGGAGAAAACUAUAAUGGCGCCAGAAAUUUCUUACAAAAGCUACAAGAGCGAGACAAGAACAUCACUGUUACAGAAUUAGGACUGGAGAAAGGUGACUUCGUUGAACUCGACAAUUGUCGGCAAUACGGGAUAGAAGAGGAUUACCAACUGUUACGACACAUCAAAAUCAUACAAGAAUCUCCACAUCUUAGGAUUUAUAGGGUUGUAAGAGAGGGGCACAAGAAUCAAUUAAAAUCCAUGCUUGAGGACAUCGCCAGGUGGAGGCGCCAACAUGACAUUGACACCAAAAAUCAACCCCUCCCAGAAGGCCAUAAAUACUGGGGAAGGCUAUGUUGGGGUAUCUGGUCGAACGAUAAGAACGGAGUGAAAAGGAAGAUCUGGUCCCUCACGGUUUGUCGCGACGAGGAAUCAAAACGCAGGAUCAAACGCGAGCUGGAGGAAAGAAUAAUUGGGUUGGUCAAUGAACAGUAUCAUAAUGAGAAGGAUAACGUUCGCUGA